UCAUAAUCGUAAUCAAAAAAUUAUAAACAUAUUUGUACAUUUGUGAUUUUGUUUUAUAUUUUUAUCAAUUUUGUUCUGAUUAAAACAAAUCAGCAGUUGAAAUUUAUUAAAUAAUGAUAAUAAACAUGUCACCAAAUUUCCGGACAAUGGCCUCAUCAUCCGGCGAUAUGAUUCGAAUGAGAUUUUUGAAUCCAUCCGAUCUGGAUGUUGUUCGACGCCUUUGUCAAGAAUGGUUCCCUGUACGAUAUCCGGAUGCCUGGUAUGAAACAAUUGUUAAUAAUCAUAAUCAACGAUUCUGUAGUCUUGUUGCAACAAUCAAUGAUGAAAUUGUUGCAUUAUUAGUCACCGAAAUUCGUUCGUAUCAGAAUUUAAAUUAUGAAGAUUUUGGUUUUCUUGCUAAACAUUUUGAACAUUAUGAUAAUAUACAAGUUGCAUAUAUAUUAACAUUAGGUGUUGUAAAACGUUUAAGACGUCGUGGUAUAGCAACAUUAUUAGUUAAAAAUUUAAUACAAAAUCUUCAAACAAUAUCAACAUUAAAAAAUGAUUGUAAAGCUAUAUAUUUACAUGUACUAACAACAAAUAUGUAUGCAAUACGUUUUUAUGAAAAAUUACAAUUUCAACGUUACAAAUUAUUACCACUUUAUUAUUCAAUUAAUGAUUGUUCAUAUGAUGGUUAUUCAUAUGUUUAUUAUUUAAAUGAUGGUCAUCCAUCAUCAUGGUGGUUACCAUUAAUUAAUCCUAAAUAUCAUUUAUUAAUUGUACGUAAUUCAUUACGUUCAAUCACCAUACAAACAUAUUAUCAAUGUGAUCAUAUUUUACAGAGCUUUUCAUUAUUAUCAUCAUUAAUAACUAGAUGGCCAUUGAAAUUUUUACGUAAAAUUUUCGAUACAAUUUUAUGUCGUCAUCGUUGUUCAUUAUUUAAAUUACAUGAUGAUCAUUAUCAUUAUAUUAAUAAUCAUUAUUAUGAUGAACAAAAAAAUCAUCUUUAUGUUUGUUAAAAUAUAGACAUACACAUACAUAC